UCCCGGGAGCUCCGGGAAUGUCCCGAGCGGAGCUGCCUGAGACGCUGUGUGUGUUCCACCCGGGACGGCUGUGUGAGCAGGGCCUGGAGGCUCGACUCGUACGAGAUGGCCGAGCAGUCGGACAAGGCUGUGAAGUACUACACCCUGGAAGAGAUCCAGCAGCACAACAACAGCAAAAGCACCUGGGUGAUCCUGCACCACAAGGUGUACGACUUGACUAAAUUUCUGGAAGAGCAUCCUGGUGGAGAAGAGGUCUUAAGAGAACAAGCUGGGGGUGAUGCUACGGAGAACUUCGAGGAUGUCGGGCACUCUACUGAUGCUAGAGAACUGUCCAAGACAUUCAUCAUCGGGGAGCUUCAUCCAGAUGACAGAUCUAAGUUAGCCAAGCCUUCGGAAUCUCUUAUUACUACUGUUGAGUCUAAUUCCAGUUGGUGGACCAACUGGGUGAUCCCAGCCGUCUCAGCCCUGGCUGUAGCCCUGAUGUAUCGCCUCUACAUGUCAGAGGACUGAACGACUCUCAGAAGCCGUAGAAGGAAAAGGCUGCUUUGGAAAAAGGAGAAAAGAAGCCAGUGUUAAUUACUUCGACUGACAGAAACCUUCGCCUGAAAAAAUAAUUUUAAUAUGUUCCUCUUCUUCCUACACUAGAAACAAAAUGAAAAGAACUGUUCUUUCUACUCUUAAACUUUUCAAAUGUGCCUUUUUAUUCAUCAGCUUUGUUUUGAUGUUUUCUCACUGUGUAAUUUACUUAUUGUAAGCAUGAUCUUAUAAAAAUAUAUCUGGCUUUUAAAAUAUA